CCUCUGGCCUUAAAAGGCGAAGCAGAAUACCAAGCGCAGAAGCCCUAAAAAUAUCUCAGGCUCUGAAACCCUGCAUGAUUGCAACAAGAACCAAUUAGGUUCAGAGAUUUUUAGGUGGUGGUUGAACUUUUCCAUCAAACCCAUGGAAAAAAUAUUAUAUUAAAAGACAAGUUGGAUACACUAUGGUCACAUGACUUCUGCAGCAACACCAGCUGGCGGGAUAAAGUUACCUUAAAGCUUUCACUUCACUUCUGCCUUUUGCUUGGAUCUCCCAGCAGUCCCUGUGGUCAGUCUAAUUCUGUCUGAGCUGGCUGGGGGGAGCUGCUGUAUCUGCGAUCCCAGGUCUAACCUGGCAAAGGGCAAAGACACUGACUGUCUAAAUGUGGUCACUCUGUCUCUUCAGCCUUUUCCACUUGGGCAGCAUUAAAAACCAGUGUUAGAAAAUAUUUGGAUCCAGGAGGGAUUUUUGGCCAGCUGAUAAAAGAAAGGAAGUUCUAAUUUACGAGGAAGAGUCGUGAUCUCGGUUGGCUUGAGAGUUUUCCCUUUUUUUCUCUCUAAACAUUUACACUGGAAUACCCAGUAGGAUUGAAUCGUUUAGAGGAGUGUGGAAAAUCCUGACAUUUUGUCUUCAUGGAAACAUAAUCAGCACAAACGAUUGUCUUUGGGAAGGAUUUUAAUAUGGGAACUAUGACUGAAGCAGCUGAAGCACGGUCGUCAGUGACAACCACCAUGGUCCUUGACAGCAGGGCCGGAGAAGCUGGCUCGACGACUGUCCGGGCUUCCAAGAAAACCUUUACAGAUAACCUCUACUCUACUUUCAACUCCCCCUUAGCAUGGAUUCUGGUUCUGGCACUAAUCAUCACUUGGACCUGCGUGUUCAUCAUUAUGUUUGAUUUGGCGGACUACAAGACCAUUGCAGAUCGCCCUCCUUCUGGCAUCAGGAAAGUUUUAAAGGAUUCAGGGCGCAGAGGAGGUCUCAGUAAGUUCAGUUCAGACCCGGUGAAGGUGGUGAAUGAUGCCGUGGAUGAAUCAACAAACAUGAUUAGCGCUGUGUUUAAUUUUGCUGCAAGCCUCAUUGCUCCAGAGGAAGAAGAAGGAACACUGUAUGCUGUGAGGAAAAAAGGAGAGUUUCUACCAACAAGAAGUAAAGUCAUAGGAAUGCAGGCUCAGACAAAACUAGAAAAGAUGGAAGAAGCAGCAAAGGAAGAGGAGGAGGAGGAAGAUGCAAAGGAAGAAGAGGCAGCUGAGGGGGAAGAAAAGGAGGACCAAGAGGAGGAAGCUGAAGAGGAUGGAGAAGAAAUAGAGGAAGAAGAUGAGGAGUAUUAUGAGGAAGGGGAAUAUGAGGAGGAAUAUGAAGAGGAUUAUGACGAGGAGGAGGACUAUGAGUAUGAGGAGGAAUAUGAGGAGGAAGAAGAGGAAGAAGAGUUAGCUGAAGAUGAGGAGGCAGAAGAAGAGGAGGAAGAGGAGCAAGAAGAGUUAGCUGAAGAUGAGGAAGCAGAAGAAGAGGAGGAAGAGGAUGAAGAAGAGUCAGCUGAAGAUGAGGAAGCAGAAGAAGAGGAGGAAGAAGUGUUAGCUGAAGACAAGGAAACAGAAGAUGAUGAGGAAGAAGAAAUAGAAACUGGGGAAGCAGAGGAGGAAGAAGCUGUGGGAAUGGAGGAGGAGCAGGAGGAAGAGGAGGAAGAAGAGGUGGAGGAGCUGGCAGGAGACAUCCAAGAGAAGGAGGAUGAAAAGGAGGAGGAAGGAGUUAAAGAGGAGGUGGAGGAGGCAAUCGAAGAAGAUCAAGAAGAGACAGAUGUUGAAAAGCAGGACGGAAUAGAAGAGGAGGAGGCGGCAGGAGCUGAACUAGAGGAAGCUGAAGAACCUGAAGAGGAGGGUGAAGAGGAUGAUGAAGCUGAAGCCGCUACUGAUGAAGAUAAAGAUUACAUGGAGGAGGAGACUACAGAUGAAGACAGAGAGGAGGAAGAUGACGAAGCUCCUCCAUCAGCUGCAGCAGAGCCUGAAGAUGAAGAUGAUGUGAAGAAGGAGGCAGACGAGGAAGAGUUGGAAAAAGAAGAUGAGGAUGAACAAGAAAUAAAGGAAGACACUGCUGCUGAUGAAGAAGAUGAGGACUUCGAGGAAGGUUUAGCUGCUGAUGAAGAAGAGGAGGCCUCUAAAAAAGCUUCAGCUGCAGGUGAUGAAGGUGAGGUCUCUUUUCAAAAGUCACCUAAACCUGUUUCCACCUCAGAGGAUGAAGAAGCGGCUCUAUCUCCAGAUUCUGAUUCUGAUGUUCCUGUUGCUGUCAAAGACAGUGACGCAGAUGUAACACUGUCUGACGAUGAUGAGAGCAAAGAUGAAGACCAAGAAGAUGAAACCAGUGAUGAUGUGUUUCUGGAUUCCUCAGAUAUUAGUGAAUCAGCCGUUCUUUCCAGCGAAGAAGAUGAUGAAGAUGACAGAUUAGCUGCAACAUCAGACAGCGAUGAUGUAAUCUUGGAGGACACUGAGGAUGACUCGGAUCUUCUCCUUCCUCCCACAGCAGUUUCUAGUGAUGAUGAGGAAGAUCUUAAAAUAACAGGCGAGGAAGAUCUUCAUCCUCUUCCACCUGUCGAUGAUGAUGAUGAUGAUGAUGAAGACAUAAAGGUAUCUGAAGAUGAAGAUACCGGAGAUGAUCUGGACCAAUCAGACGGCAACAUUUCUGUGGCUUCCUCUGAACAGUUUGCAGAUGAUGAAGAUGAAGAUAAAGAUGAUGACUAUGAGAAGGACAUCCUCAUCGACGAGGAGGUUGAUGAAGAUGUGAAAGAUCUUGAUAAAUCUGUUGAAGAUGACGAUGAUGAAAAAGAAGUAGAAGAGGAGGAGGAGGCAGAUGUUGUUCCUUUUGUCAGCUCAGACAGUGGAGUGUUGGGUGACGAAGAUGAUGAUGAUGACAGCGUUCUGAAACUUGAUGAAGAAUCUCUGAGUGAUGACACAGCUGAUGAAGACGAGACAGAGGAAGAUGAAGACAUUGAGACGAGCUCAGCCGAGAUCAUCUUCGAUGAGGUGGAGGAGAAAGAAAUAACAGAAACAGUUGCUGGCACUGAGGAAGACAUAAAUGAAGCAAAGGAAGCUUCCGAUGAUGAAGGAGAAGAUGAGGAAGUUGGUGAUGGACUUGAUGACAUCUUGUUAUCAGCCACCAUUGCAGCAGCAUUCACUGGCCAGGAGGAGGCAGCAAAGGCCGAGGCAGAAGUUGCCAAGGCUGAUAAUGAGGAGGCCAAAGCUGAUGAAGACAAGGAGGAGGAGGAUGAAUCAGAAGAAACUGAGACCAGCCAGCCUGCUGCUCCCGAGGAGAUAGAUGAGGAGGAAGAAGCCGAAGAACCUGUUUCUAAGCCUGAGACGUCUGUAGACAAAUCCGAAGAUAAGGAAGAGGAGUUUGAUGAGGACGCAGAUGAGGAAAAGGCAACAGUGGAUGUGAUUAAACCUGUGCCUGAACCAGAGGAGGAAACACCAAAGUCUGAAGCAGCUGAAUGUCCCUGUAUGCAUUCUGCAAAGGCUAAAGAAGCUGUUACCAAGACUGCAGAUAAAAAAGCUCCCAGGAGGGUGUCAGCUGUGCGACGGAAAAAAGAACAGGAAGCUUUGAAGAAGACAGAGGAAAAGCCGAGAAGGCAAGCUCUUCCUAGAAUCCCAACUCUGGAGCCAAAAGUCAGCAGAAUCCGAAGAUUAGGUCCUCUUCUGAAAGCUAAGAUAAAGGAGAAGGCCAAGAUGUCAAAAACAGUGAAAGAGGCCAAAACACAGGAAGAACCCACAGAGUCUGCACAAGAAGUCAGUCCCUGUAGACCUGCUCCAGUUUACUGCCCGGCCCCCCCAGGAUGGUAUGUUCAUCAUAUCGUCACAGACACUCCGUACCCGCCUCCAACCAUGUCAGCUCCAUCUGCACCGAUUGUAACCGUUCAUCCUGCAGCUCCACCGUCACAGCCUUCAUAUCAACAACAGCCUCCUCCUCCACCAAUGCAGGCACUCUAUGCUCACUAUCAACCAUAUCAGCCACCAGUGCAGCCUAUAAUGCCACCUCCUCCAGAACCUUCCCCACCAGUACAACCAGAACAGCCGGAGCAACCAGAGGCUCCACAACCGGAACCUCUGGUGGAGCCACAGGCAACGACUCCAGCUGCUGAAUCUCAGCCUGUUGCAGCUGAAGUUCAGGCUGCAGAGAAAAAAGCCAAGGUUGCUGAUUCAGUAAAAGGUGCAAAAAAAGACAAAAGCAAACUUCCAGCUGAAGCUAAGAAAGAGAAGCCUGCAAAGGAGAAAUCCAAAGUUCCAGCUGAAGCUAAAAAAGAGAGGCUUGCAAAAGGGAAAUCAAAACUUCCAGCUGAAGCUAAAAAAGAGAGGCCUGCAAAAGAGAAAACUAAAUCUGCUUCAGUUUCAAGAAAAGAGCCUGCAGCUGUACAGCAGAAGAGGAAAUCAGUGUCUAAAAGGACAGCGCCGGCUGUCAAGAGCAAAGUCAGAGCAUCCAAAGAUAAGAAAGAUCCAGAACUACGUCCACAGCUGCUCAGACUGAGAACGAGACUGGAAGCUGACAAGAGGACAAAUGUGACCUCUCGAGCUGAGGAAAAAAAACCCAUCAGAAUUUCCUUUAAAUCAGGAAAACCUACAAAAGCUGAAAAGAAUCCUGUCAAAGAAGCUCAAGAUAAAGACAAACAACCACCAAAAACUAAGGAACCUGAGACUGAAGACAAUAUUACAGAGAAGACAGAAAAGAAGAAACCAAGCCAGAAAUACUUCCAGUGCAUCUAUUUCCCAGGAAAACAUGCACACUAUCCUUUGCGACCUUUCACCCCAGCCGUGUCCCCCACCAUGUUGUCUCCGGCUGUACGAUCGAUGCUAGAACAGCAGAGAGCAGCCAGAGCAGCGGGACAUUGACCUGACUCCCUCAUAUAACUGUGUCUCCCAGUCCAGCAGAGACAGAUCGUUAACUCGGUGACAUCCUCUGUUUGUGAUAAAGGACACAAACAAAAAAGUGGGCAGAUCUAUUUUAUCUUAAUUUAUUGAUUUAGUUAGUGGUUGAGUUGCGGGGGUUGUUUUUGACAUGUUACCUUUGCUCACCAUAAUUUGCUGCUUUUGCACCCAACAUUUUCAUCUGUAAUACAUUUAUUUCAGUACAGUUUUCUAUGUUGAAAUUUUUAUUUGCUUUAAGGGAUAAUUUACAGUUUCAUACACGUGCGAUACAAAACACAUUUAUAAUCAACUAUGUUUUUUAUGCUUUUAACCACAACCGGAUUUUUUAUGUAAGAAAUUACAAAGCUGGCUAUUUCACCACCAUCACUUUUUUUUUUCUUAAAAAAUGACUACAUUUCACAGUAAUGACCUGCACUGCUCAUUUUCAUUUCUGCUUCUUACCUGUGGGUGCAAGAGAUUAGCAUGCAAAUAGUGACGAAUCCAAACCCAGGAGCUCCCACUUUCAUCCCAGCAGUAUCCCUGUCUCCCAACAUCCACCAGUAAAAUCCUGCUGCAUGCUGAUGAGCAGUGAGGCGCUCUCCGUCACAGAAUAGGUUGUUAUCCUGGUUUAACCUUUACACAAAUUUAAAUCACAGACAUUUCUCUUUUAAUAGUUUCAAUCCCUAAAAAAAAGUACAUUUCUUCCUUUUUUAUGCUAUGCAGUAGUGUGCAACUAUAACCACGAGUUACAUAUUUUCUUGGCAAAAACGCCGCUUUUACAAUAAGAUGCACAUGACCUGGUAUAAAAGUAUGCAACAAAUUGUCCUUUAAAAAGAAAAAGAGUAAAUAGAUCAGAGAAAUAAAAUCAGAAAAACUGGUUUUUGGGUAAACUGACUAAAAAUACUAGAACAUAUUGUAAUUUAAAUAUUGUGUUAAUUAAAAGUCAUAAAAUGUUAACUUAACUUAGGAGCUAACUUGUUCACACUUUCUGAACAAUCUGUCUGUGUUGUGGAGAUUUCUGGUUAUUUAAUGAGUGCCAAAAGUUGCAAAUAAAGAAUAGUAACAAAAAUAGUUCUUUUAUGUGAAAAAAGUUAAAUUGGAGAUAAAGAAGUACAUUUAUACAUAAUUUAAGUAUGACUCUAAAUGAUCAAAAUCAUAAUUACUUAACUGAAGCCGACAUUUAUAGCAAAAAAAAAUUAAAGUCAUUAAAUGUUAAAAUCACUCGGAAUUACAUCAUUUCCGCCAUGAACAUUUUAAAUGAGAGAGAGCCGUUUGCAUCAUAAUCUGACUUGAUGGGAAAGCCUAACAAAUAAAAUACAUUAAAAUGCUUGAAAUAAUUAAAUUCUGAAAUAAUUACAUAUGUUUUAAAUAUUUAAUUUUUAAAAACAUGUUUAUUUAAAAAAUACAGAUUUAUUUAAUGCCGAUUUUAUUUAGUUAUUGGCACAUUUAGGGAAUCUUUUAACCCAUAAUCUUUUGAUUCAUUGGUGGCACCUUUGGACCGCCUCAUGCUACAGUGGUGCAGUUGCAGGUGUUUUAACUUGACAUGUUUGGAGACAGGGAAUCUGUACAGGACAACUUUGACGUGACCAACUGAUGCAAUGCUGUGAUAUUUGCUACAGUGAAUGAAUGUAGUUUUUCUUAUCAGCCUAUAAACUGGGCUUGAAAAGUUGUCAUGUUUUCUUAUACCUCCAUCCUUCUCGGUUCUGGUGAUAUGAUUCAGCUACAAGUUCACCUUAUUGGUUUUAAGACUUGCUGAACCCUACUAGAAAUUUCCUUAUAUUGUCUUAUUAAAUAGAAAGUCUGUUACUGUACAUGAACCAAAAGGGAGUUUGAAACAAAAAGAUAACAGCUAUACACCCCUAUGGCUCACUUGAAGAUUCAUCCAGUUUAGUCACUCCUGAUGGUCCUAUGCAGACAAUCGUCAUCAAAGUUUAUCUUUCAGUUAUGACAAAAUAGUCCAAAAUACUCAUACAACUACUGCAGUUUUACUAAACGAUGUACACUGAGCAUACAAUAGAUUUAUUAAAAUAUUUAAAAAUGACAUGUGGGACUAAAGUGCAGCUAAGCCACAUUUUAUUAUGUGCAAGUUGAUCCUUUUCAUGCCCACCACAACUGAAAUCACAGACACUAGGCAAAGUGCAGAGUUCAAGCCUGCAAUGUGGACAAUUAAUGUGAUCUAAAAUUUCAGCUUACAAGAUUGCUGUAGAAGUGCAGGAAACUCUGAGCUCUGAAUGGCAUAUGUGCAGCAAAGCGAAAGGCAAAUGGAAGCAUGCAGAAACAUGCAAAUGUAAAAAUGCUAAAGAAAUAUGUGGAUGUUUACAACGGCUUUACCAAAACAGAUUAAAUGUGUCAUUAUGUGUCAAUUCUGAGAGUUUUUAUCACCAGUCUGAGAGAAAAUGUUGUUGAACAAAAUGCCAAACAAUUUGUUCUGGUGAGUUUUGACACAUUUAAGCCUCAGGUUAGUUAAAAACCUUAAGUUUAAGGGUUUAAAUCUAAAAUGGGUAAGAGGAAACUCUUCUUCUGUUUGCUUAAAGGACUGAUAAAUUAGGUGUGAAAUGACAACAUGUACCAUAGUUAAAUGAGAUCUAACAACCACUGAAUGUGUUUGUUGGAGUGGCCUUAAAACGCACCUGAAAAUCAGGUGUUAGUUGUUGUGUUAUUUGCAGCAUACAGUGCUUUUGUGUCAAAUACAUUGUAUUAACACACAUUAUUUACAUUGUACAGCUGCAGGUAUGUUGUUAUUUUUUUAUUUGAUUAAUAGUGUAGAUUUAAUGUCAGUUUAAGUAGGACAGACCGUGAUAUUAUAAAAGAAACAACACAAAGUUUAAUCUGAUGUAAGUAUUGUGUUUCUUAAAAAUGUCAUGUUUUCCUGAGGUGGAAAAGUUUGUUAAAGCUUGAAUAUUUUACAGGUUUUAAAUUCAUGUUUGAUUUUGUUGAAAAGCAGGUGCCCUGCCUUUUUAAUGCAUGCUGUUUUAAAAGCCAUGUUGUUAUAUUUUAUCACAGUGCCUUGCCUUGACAUUUUUGCUUAUUUUAUUCCAACACCCUUUUAUUUUACCACAUUAGUUUUCUGUAACCACAGCUGCACAGAGACAGGAUCAUAUUCAUUGAUCUUAAUCCUCUGAAUACAAAACAAAUGUUUGACUGCAUUUUUCAGACUGUGUGCAGAAUCAGACCAGUAAAAAAUGGCAUUUAGCUGUGAAAUGUCAUAAAUAUAUAUUCCAUUUUAAUUCUUAGCUCAAGUGUUUUAUUGCUCCCAUGAACUUUGGUGCUUCUUCUGACAACAUGACCAAGUAAACAGGUUAAAAUUAACGGUGAUCAGCUUAACGUCAGGAGUGUGUUUAAGAAUAUCACAUCGAGGCCAUUAGUAUGGGUUCAGGCCGCUAAGGAUGCAUUUAACAAUAAUGGAAAUGUAAAAUGGAUCUAAGUUCAAAUGGGAAAUGAAUUGAAAUAGUCCUUUUCCAGUCAUAUCGGCCACUCAAGGUAUUUUAUACUAGAUCCACAUUUACCCAAACACUACAUUUAUACACUGAUACACAGAAUGGUAGGUAACUUGAGGUUAGGUGCCUUGCCCAGGGGCACAUUGCAUGGAGUAGGAGAACGCUGGAAUCAAACCCACAACUUUCAGAUUACAAAGCAACUACUCUACCCACUGAACCCCAGUUGUCUACACAAGUAUAGGUACAGCAUGUCGAAAUAUUCAUCCUACUGCCACUUCAUCGAAGCAUUUUUGCCUUUCAGUCACUGUGAUGAUAAACAUUAUAGAUGUAUUUUCCUUUAAACAAGCAUAAUUUUUCUCAUCAGGCAUGCUAAAAAUAUAAAUACAAAAUCUCUCAAAUUUAUAAUUCAACUGAAGGUCAGAGGCCCACGAGCCACAAAAACUUAUUUUUUCUCUAAAUAAGAAGCUGGACCUUUAACAUUUAGGCAUUAGAAACAAACAAGUUGGUCACACCAGAAAAACGGUCUUCCUGAUUUGCAUAUAAAGUAAGUUAGCAUUUUUGUGCUCUUGAAUACUAAAUGUUUAAACAUUUAAAAACACUUUUUUGUGAUUUUUUGAAAAAUACAUUUAAACUGUGCCUGUGUCUUCUUCCAUGAUGUAUUUAUGUCAAACAUCCUUUAAAAACAACAAUGAAGCCUACUUUGUAUUUUUAAAACUAAUUAUUAGUUUUAUAUUUGCAGCAAUACAACUAAUGACAUUUUUGUCACAAGUGUUAAUUUUGCUGGAUGAAUUUGUUUUUGAAGCAAACAGAAUUGAAGUUUUUGGUUUUGUUUUUUUAGAAGGAACUCUUGUUGAUUUUGUUAUUUUUUUAUGUUUUAUGCAUGACAUUGUCCUUUGAAAAAUAUUAACUCAAUAAAUGUUUUGGUUCCAUGUCACACAGUUAUGGUGCAAAUAUGAGUUAAGAUGACUUUUGGAUGUAAAAACAAAAACCACAACAACAACAUAACACAAAGUUAUUUUCUGGUAGUCCUGUCUUGUAAAAGCUGUAUCACAUACCGUAGCAACGUUGCAAACAGGAUCCAGUCUGUUAAACAAUGCUACAUAGAGAGUGUUUAUCUACCUGUUUUACAUAAUAUAAAGCAGAACUGUUUGAUGAAGCUGAAUGUUGAGGCAAAAAGCCUGAUCCAGUAACAUUUCUGGAUCCAAGAAGUCAUGAGAGACAUUUGAAGCCUCAAAAAUGAAUGAGAAAAAGUAUCUGCUGUGUAAAAUGAUCAAACAUGAACUAAAAUUGAGUUUUUGUGCUAUACUUGAAUAAAUAUUUGAAGCUA